AUGGUCUUAUCAUCACCUUCGACGCGUACAAAUUACUGCCAAAGAUUAAGCUCUCUUCAGCUUAGAGCUUUCUCCUCCUCUCAUCUACCUACCGAAACUCCAUCAAACGACGGUGUUGACGUGGAACCUCCUUAUAUUGAGUACGACUGGAUCGAUGGCGCAGAGUCACUUUCACAGUAUCAGCCAGGCGGUUAUCACCCCGUCAUUGUUGGCGAUAUGGUGCAUGAUAGAUACCGCAUUGUGGACAAACUGGGCUUUGGGGGCUAUGCAACUAUCUGGCUGGCCCGAGACAGCCAGCUAGAAUAUACACGGUCCGAAUGGGACGCACCCAUGCUACACGAUGACCCUGCACAAUGUAAUCUAUGGGAAGCAUCAUAUAGCCGUUUAUUCCCGAUCGAUGUAGCGCGAGCAUUAUCAGCUGCAGUUACUCUAUCAGUCGCCUCUAUUCAUUCACGAGGUUUUGUUCAUGGAGCUAAAUUCCCGUCCAGCUUUGACAACCUUUCAGUCGAAAAGUUCUACGAAGAAUACGGAAAACCCGAGACUGUACCUGUUACGAGAAGUGACGGAGCCCCUCUUUCUUUUGGUAAAUAUGCUGAAGAUUUCACAUUAAGUGAUACACAUGUGCUAUUAAGUGACUUUGGGGAAGCAUUUUCUCCCACAUCCGAAUCUCGUUUAGGAAAAGGCUGCCGCACACCCUUACACCUAAGACCUCCCGAGGCUCGUUUUGAACCAGAUACCCCAAUGUCAUACCCAGCUGAUAUAUGGGGUUCAGCUGUAGCUAUCUGGGAGAUAGUAGGCAUGAAAGCAAUUUGGAGCUGUGAAUUUGCAACACCAGAUAGUGUAACGAAGCAGCACAUUGAAGUCCUUGGGCCAAUGCCUACAGACAAAGAGGAAACAGUUGCCUUUCUCGAUUUAAUGCGUCAAAUGCUGGUAUUUCGGCCCAAGGAACGACCAACAGCUUUGCAAGUGCUAGAGUCAGACUGGAUGGUUAACUGGGCUUUGCCUGGCUUUGAACGGGGUCUGAACGACUGA